AAGAGUAGAGGGAGAAGAAAAACACGCGUCUGUUUUUCGUUAAACAUGCUAAUCUGCCUUUUUUUAAUGCUAUGCUAUUUUAUAUGUACUUAUUAUAUUGUUUUGUUACGUGCGCUAUGUUUAUGCUGAAACCGCAUUUAUAAAGCCAAUAAAGCCAUUCUUUCUUGUGAGUUUUGUGACAUUUGAGCCUUGUCAGUGUCCGUAGUUACAACCGUUGCCUAGAAACUGUCAACAAAACGCAGUAGCUAACUGUUCAAAAGUAAAGGUGGAUACGAAUUGCAAGUAAUUUCAGGAAUGUAAAUUACUCAGAAAAACUUCGACUUCUCCUGGUCAGAUAUCCCUAGCUGUCACAGAAGUUAACGCUCCAGUGUAUCCUAAAAAAUGGCAGUGCCUUUCUCCAACAAUCACCUGCGGGUCCCGCAAGGAUUUGGUACCAUCCUGGAGGGACUGGCCAGAGAAGUCCUACGAGACCAGCCUGAAGACAUUCCUAAAUAUGCUGCACAGUACUUCGACACUCUUCUCAAGCAAAGAGAAGAUAGUGGCAUGGACCCUGCUGAGUGGGCUGCUAAACUGGAAGAUAGAUUCUACAACAACCAUUCAUUCAACGCUGCUGAGGCUAGUCCUGAAAAAGAGCCUGCAACAGAGGUGGCCAUUUCCAAAGAAAAAUCAUAUGAGUCCCAAACUGAAGAUGAAUCCAGUCAUUCAGCAGAAGCCUCAAAUCUCUCCACCACACAACCUAAUGUCUCUGAAGAGGUUGAUUUAACUGAAAGCGCAGAAGAAAAUGAAAAACAUGAUAUUACAGAGAAACACUUUAUUUCAGCGGAAAGGGGACUUUCAGAAGAGGAAUCAGUCAACAGGCUCCCAGCUGCAGAUGUACAGCCAGAUGAAGUGAGUGGGACAGAGGAGGAGAACAACCCAACAAUAACUACAUUUGAUCAAGUUGACAGGGCAGCUAAUGAAAAAGAUAGCAGCUCUGUUCCAGACCAAGAUAUAUCUCAGUCUGAGUUAGAGCCCACUGACUUUUUAUCGUUCAGAGGGGUUUACAAUGUAGAUUUGUGUGCUCAGGAGUUAGGAACAGCAGAAGAUGAGGGAGGUGAUAAACUAGAGACUGCAGUUGUAGAUGAGGAGAUUGUAGACUCAGAAGGAGAGGAAAAAACUGAAGUUGAAGAACCAGUGGAGGUAUUUCCGUAUUCUGGGCUAGCUGAUGUGGAUGUGUGCGCUACAGAACUUGGAGGAACAGAGAGAACAAUGGAAGGAGCCACUGCUGAAGACGAUACACAUGUCAUGGAAGAGGAAAGCUCAAAACCCCAAUCUGAGGAAACAGUUGUACAAUCAUCAUUGUCUCAAUCUGAAACCCCUGAGGGCAGUCCACAAGAAGCAGAAGAUCAGGCAGAAAAAACAAACAAGGAGGAAGGAACAGAGACUGGGGCUUCUUCUGGGGGAAUACAUGAAAGUUUAACUAAUGUAGAGGGUGGUUUAGACAGUAAUGCUAUACCAAAAGAGGAUUCCUUGGUUGAGAUUAGCUUUGAAGAUGUACCAGAGGUUCAGCAGAUUAAAGAUGUUGAGGAGAAACUGCCAGAGGAAGAGGAUUCAGUUGAGGUCUUACAGACUAAAAUAUUAGAAAUGCAACAGGAGGUUACUGCAGUGGCAACAGACCAAAAUAUAUCUGGUACACCAGACCACAAUGAACCUGAAAUGGUGGGAGUUGGACAGGAAGUUAACUCUGAAGUGGAGGAAAUGGAAAGUCAGCAUGAGGCAUCUGAUAUACUGAGGGAGAAGGUGGACACAAAUUAUUCUAAUUUAAAUGAGAGUGAUGAUGAUGAGAAGGGAGAAGGUGUUAAAAACAUCAGCUCAUCACAUCAACCCACCACCAAGGCAGACAAAGAGAACCCAGAGGAUGAAACAGAUCAAGAAAAUGAAGAUAACGAGAAAAUAAGUGAAGGCGAAUUUCACCAGAAUGAGUCAAACGACCCUGACGUUAAAGAAGAUGAGACAACAGAUGCGGUUGGAGGAGACAAAGAGGACAAACAUACAGAUUAUAUUGAGGUGGAGGAUAAAGAAAUUAAUGAUGGUGGCACGGAAAAUCAUUCAUUAGAAGUAGCCCAGUCAAAUAUAUCAACUGCUGCAACGGAGGCAGAGACUGAAACUUUUGAGGCAAGUGCACAACAUCUACCAGAGGAGAACGAGGAGAGUCAGAGAACACUUGUAGAGUCACAGCCAGAGGAUACGGUGGUAGAAAAAGAGGUCACAUCAAAGGAGAGAACAUCAGAAGCAGAGGAACUUGUAGAAGAAGGAAACACUGAUUUGGAAAUGCAAGAGAAGAGUGAUGCAAUGUGUGGAGAGGGCAGCAUCAGCCCCAUUCAAAGCCAAGGAGAAGAAAGGCCACUUGGUUCUGAAAAGGACUCCACAGAGCCUGAAAGCAACAGUGGUCACAAGCAGGAGGAGUGCAGCCGGCCCCAGGAGGAGGAGGACAUCAUGGACAUUCCCCUGGAUGACCCCGAGGCCAACAGAGCUGCUGCCAAGAUCCAGGCUGGCUUCCGUGGCCACAUGACCCGUAAGAAGAUGAAGCCGGAGGACAAAGCAGAAGGGGAGGAGGUGAGCAGCACUGGGGAUGUGCUCAACGGCAGCCAGGGGGACACAGAGACAGGAGGAUCGGGGGCAGUAGAGAGUGACGACACAUCUGUGCCAGAGCAGUGAUGCCCCUGUCCUGACCUGGAUGAAGAGAAAGGGGGGGGAGCAAGGUAGCGAGGGAUGGCUGGCAUAAGCUGGCUGGGCUGGCUUUCAGGCACAUCUUUCUACCCCAGGAGUCAUUUUCUUUUUCAACACAAAUUAGCAGUAGAAAAUGAACCGACAGUUUUGAGGGUGUGUUGUGUGAAUUUUGUGAACUUUAACACUCCUUCUCUGCUUCUCCAGCAGUACGGAUGUCUUUGACCCAGAAUUUGCAACUCACUGCAUGUACUUGUGAAACUUCUGGUAGUGUGCUAGUUUUUAGAUGAUGAUCUGUGAAUGUGAAAAUGAAUAUCCUGUAAAUGCUAAACAGGGCUUAUUUUGGAUGGAUCUGUUCAUAGCAUCUGUGUAUAAACCUUGUAUGCAUCAGCAUUUGACUUAAUGGCGUAAUUAGUGGCUUAAAUUAUUUGUUAUUUUGCAUUGUUUUCUGAUAUGCUUUGUAUCUUGACUAUUAUUUACCUAUUUGACUUGCUUACAAAAAUGAUUAAAACAUCAAAAAUAUCAAAAGAGUAGUAACUAUGUAUGUUCUAUUUAUUCUAAGUUACUUAAUACAGAUUGCAAUUGCCUUGAUUAUCUUUUUGAUCACAUGAUAAGUAAGUUCACUUUUCACCUUUUCAGGCAUUUUCUAUAAAUCUGAUCUUCCAGAACAGUAAGCAUGCAGUAAUUACACUUUUUUUCCAGAUGCAUUUGGUACAGCUUUACAUUAUGAUGCAUUAUGUCAAUAUGCACUGUUGUUGUGUUGGUGGGUUUGACUUGUUAAAUCAGGUGUGUGAAAUUCCAUUAUCAGAGUUUGCAGAGCCUCCAUGCUUUAAAACUAAUUGAAUAGUACAUUGCUGAACUUUUCUGUAGAGUCAUGGCAUUGCACUAAUAAAUCCACCUUAAAUAUA